UAUAUAAAUUUGCUUCCAUCAGUCCAGUUUUAUUAAACUACCAAUAAUGAAAUUUGAUAGGGUUUCUCAAUGUUCAUCUACAGGAUGGAGAAUAUUUUUUCUCAUUGGAAUCGGUGAAAGUCCGAUGAACAGCAGCUCUGUCUCCCAGCAGCAGAAUCCUCGUCUAGUCAAGACCAGCAAUGUGGCAGUUUGUGGGAACCCAACCCUGCCCCAGGAGUUUAUAGAGCUCUGUCGUCAAAGUGGCUCGUCCCUGGUCUUCUCCAGGCUAGCUGCAGUGCCUCCUGAUGUUUGUGAAAUCUGUGCUUUCGCUGCCUGUACUGGUUACUAGACAUCUUUUCUGCUUGUGAAAAUGUGUUUACCAUGUACCCAAAUUUCUUGUUAAAAAAAAAAACGUGUGUAAUGCCUUUUAGUCUGACAAUUUACUGUGUUUUUUAUUUGUUCCAGCAUGUAGGUUUAUUAAUUUGAUGCAGUCUUAUUGUUCUAUAUCUAUUGUUAUGUAUUUUAUAAUAUAGAAGAUGUAGAAGAAUAUAUAUUAUUAAGAAUAUACAUAUUCUUAACUUCAUCGUUGCCUUAUUUGUGAAAUAAAACACUUUCAAAAGUAUCAUGGCUUGAAAAUUGACUCAACUUUCAACUGAUUUGAAAUGAUUUCUUCACAUUUUUUGUUGAGCAUCAACAUCUCAAAACUUUACAUCCCCAUAUGCAAUCCCCCACCCCUCUUGGGUUCUAGGACGUAGAGGCUGUAGAAGCUGUAGGCCCCUUUGCUUAAAAGGAAGAGAUGCUCCUGUUGUAGAACCAAGAUCUGCUCCAGGCUUUCCAGUGUAUCACGCUGGAUGAGGAGGAGCAGAAGUUCCCUGCAAAUGCCCUUAGGGAGGGUGUAAGACAUGAUGGCAAGCUGUCACCUUGAGGGUAGCUGUUCUCAGAAACCUGAGCUGUCUGUUGUCAA